GUUUGUCCUACCUUUAUUACAUACAAUGGUACGUGUCUUUGAAUGUAGAGUGCAUUGAACAUACCAAGGCGCUCAGAGGCCCACUUGGUGAGCAUGUUCGCUGUGUUCACUCGCUUUGUUGAGGCCGGUCGCGUUGCCUACAUUAACUAUGGACCCAACUUCGGUAAGUUGUGUACCAUCGUUGAUAUUAUUGACGGAAAGAGAGUUCUGAUCGAUGGACCCACCACUGGUGUAAAGAGACAACAGAUCAAUGUAUCUCGCCUUUACCUCACUGACUUCGUCAUCUCCAUCGAGCGUGGAGCUAAGUCUGCUGAAGUGAAGAACGCUUUCGUGGCUGGAAACAUCGAUAACAAGUGGAAGGAGACUUCCUGGGCUAAGAAGCUGGCUGCUCGUGCUGAGAAGGCUGCCAUGAACGACUUCGCUCGUUUCAAGGCUCACUACGCCAAGAAGCAUUAAGUAGUAACGAACAAACGAAUAGC